AUGAUUGACGAAGAAGAGUGUAUCUACAAUUUAAUACCGAAGCCACCACCGGUCAUUGUUAAAGAGCCUCUUCAUAAGAGUAAGUUCCAAGAUCAAAAACAGUUUUACACUGCAAAGAAACUCAGUCAUGCAACAAUGGGUCUUCCUCCUGAAAAACUCCGUCAACCACCAAGCCAAUAUUUAAAGAAAGGAGAACGUACAAAGAAGUUACCACCUAAAGAGCGCGUUAUUCCUAAAGGAAACGAAGGAUUGACAAAGCCACCAGUUCCAAAGGCAACAGAAACAAUUAAAAUGAAGUCUCCUACAAAGCACAACUAUAUUCUUGAAAACUGGAAACAAGCUCCGAAGACAAAGAAGCUUCAUCCAGAAAAGCCAGAAACAUGGUAUACAGAUAAGCCUGAAUAUGGACAAGUUCCAGCUUACUUGGAUCGUGUCAAACAAGAAGCUGCAGACGAAGCUGAGUAUUGGGAUAACGUUCGUGAAUCAAUGGUUCCAGAAGAUACAGAAACACGUUGCCGCCUUCUUUCUGAGGAAGAACGUAUUGAAAUUCUUAAUGGAUUGUAUGCAAAUCUGGCUGAAAAUAAGAAACGCUAUGCUUCAUUAAGCUUCGGUCAAGAUAACCUCUCAUUCCGUCGUAAGAAGGAAGAGAUGGAACGCGAAGCUGCUCAGCUUGAAGCCGAUAUCAAGACCUUUGAGCGUCCAAAUGUUUAUAUCACAGAAAAUUAA